AUGCCGCCCAUAACCUUCACAAGUGAAGAUUUCCAUGCCCCAGAUCUGGAACAAGAUGACCCCAUGGUGAUCACUUUAGAAAUCGCCUGCUACGAAGUCAGCAAGGUGCUUAUAGAUCAAGGAAGCUCCGUCAACAUCCUGUAUUGGAAAACUUUCCAACAGAUGGAUCUGUCAGACGAUCUUAUCGUACCUUUUCAUGAGCAUAUAGUAGGGUUCGCUGGUGAGAGGGUGGAUCGUCGCGGUUAUGUUGAUCUGCGCACGCGCUUGGGCACCAGUAGAGAAGGUGAAGAAAAGAAGGUGAUAACAGUCCGAGCAGAUCAGAAGACGGCCAGAGAGUGCUAUGUGGCCGGAUUGAAGUUGUAUCCUCGAGCCUGCAGAGCGAAGGUUGCACGGUCGGAGUUGGCGAUGGCCAAUUUGGACCCAAGAAUAAACACGGAUGAUCGAAUCGAACCCCAUAAGGAGUUACAUCCGAUUCGGAUAGGAGUAAAAGACGGUCAAACCACCAUGGCAGCAAGCGGCCUGGACCCGAUUCUGGAGAAAGAGUUGAAAACGAUUCUAUUAAAGAAUCGAGACUUGUUCGUGUGGAGCGCGACGGACAUGCCUGGUAUCCACCCUUCAAUAAUGACACAUAGAUUGGCCCUGUUCAAGGAGGCGAAGCCGGUGGUGCAGAAAAAGCGAAGGUUGGGGGCCGAGAAGGCGGCGACCGUUAAUAACGGGGUAAAAAAGUUAAAGGAGGCGAGCUUCAUCCAUGAGGUGACCUAUACCACAUGGUUGGCAAACGUAGUAAUGGUCAAGAAAACCAAUGGAAAGUGGCGAAUGUGUACCGACUACACCGACCUUAACAAGGCGUGUCCAAAAGAUUCUCAUCCACUUCCUAACAUAGACAGCUUGGUUGAUGGAGCGUCCAAUCACAAGAUGCUGAGUUUUCUCAAUGCAUACUCGGGCUACAAUAAGAUACCCAUGCACGCGCCAGAUCGGGAGAAGACAACAUUCAUAACCGAUAGGGGAAAUUAUUGCUAUGAUGUGAUGUAG